UUACACCCCUCACAUCACUGAAAGGAUUUAAAAACCAUCUCUUGCCACAGCACCACCGACCACCGGGUGCAACUGCUGCAAGUAUGAUUAAGAAAAUGUCACCAUCCGAGAAUGAGUUCGACAUACCGGCCAAGAAUUGCCACAGGAUGGUAAUUCUGGGCUCCACUAAAGUUGGGAAGACAGCCAUCAUCUCUCGGUUUCUCAGCGAGAGAUUUGACGACCAGUACACACCGACUAUUGAGGACUUUCACAGGAAAUUCUACAGCAUCAGGGGCGACGUUUACCAGCUGGACAUUUUGGACACAUCUGGAAAUCAUCCUUUCCCUGCAAUGAGGAGACUUUCAAUUCUUACUGGUGAUGUGUUCAUCUUGGUAUUCAGUCUCGAUAACAGGGACUCCUUCCAAGAGGUCCAGCGCCUGAAGCGCCAGAUUUAUGAGACCAAGUCCUGCUUACGAAACAAAACCAAGGAAAACAUAGACGUCCCGCUGGUCAUCUGCGGCAACAAGUGUGACAGGGAUUUCCAUCGUGAGGUGCAGGAGGACGAGAUCGAGCAGUUAGUUGGUGGAGAGGAGCACUGCGCCUACUUUGAAAUCUCAGCAAAGAAGAACACCAACGUAGACCAGAUGUUUCAGACUCUUUUUACCAUGGCCAAGUUGCCCAACGAAAUGAGUCCCGACCGGCACUGCAAAGUUUCUCUGCAGUACUGCGAGGUUCUCCACAGAAAGUCCUUCAGAAACAAGAAGUGCAAAGAUGGGAACGCAUAUGGGAUUGUGGCACCGUUUGCACGGAGACCCAGCGUGCACAGUGACUUGAUGUACAUAAAGGAGAAAGCUGUAGGAGGCAGCCAGGCCAAAGAGAAAGGCUGCAUCAUAUGCUGACAGUUUUUUUUUUUUGUUUUUUUGCCAGUGUGCAAGAGACUUUCUGAGAGACUUUCCAGAGUUGAAACAGAGGCCAGUCGUCCUGCUUACAGGGCUCAUAAGCCACUAAACAGUAGAUUUCAGCGCCUGAAGAGACAGUGUGAUCCAAACUAGUCUGAGACACACAGGGCAAGUGGCUCAGCUCAUAGGCCUUUCCCUAUGUAGUGAUGCAGUAGAUUUUCUGAAAAUGCUAUAAAAUCUGCCUCUACAAUAGCUUGCCAAGAGCAGCACUUGAGAAAAAAAAAUGUUUACAUUUUGCUAUUUUUUUUUCCAAACUUGGUGGAACUUGAAUGUCUGUUGCAUUAUGAACAAAUUUGACUCUGAAUGUGUAUUUAUGAUGUCCAUGUCAACUUUUGCAU